UCGUCAUCCUCCUCAAUUCUUAAUUCUUGUACCCGUCUCCUUUCCCAAUAACAGGGCAGGGCUUUGGUCUGGUAAAACCUUGGGAGUGAGUGCGAUGAAGAUAAAAAGAUAGAGAGAGAGAGAGAGAUGACAUGGUUCUUUUAAUUUUUGAAAAGCACUCAGAUUGCAUCACCACUCCUGAUAUUGUACUUUAAUUCCUUACAUCAAAUGUGACCGUUUCAUGCUUCAAAGGAUCCGCUUUUUUCGCUCCUUCGUCUCUGAAUAAUAUAUACGCCCCAAAGCUCGCAUAGCUUUUCAUGCCAAAGCCUCCUGCUUCCCUGUUUCUCUUCAGACGAUCUAAGAGAGACCUUUGGUACUGUCAUUUUCGUUCUCAUUUUUCCAGACGAUAUCUUUUUUCUUGUUUCUAAAGUAGAGGUCCUCGACGUCGUCGUCAUAUCAAGGCAGACAUAACAAGUUUACCAAUUAUGGGGAAGGAGUGGUAUUGGACCGGAAGAUCAUCAAAACGAGGUGAAGGAGCUGGUGCAGAUGCACACAACCCUUCAGGCUGCAUGUGUGCUUUCUUUCAGUUCUUUGAUUUCCAUCCUCUCCACUUUCCCAUUCAACAGCAGCAUCCCUCUGAUAAACCAGAAGACCGGAGCAUCCCUAAAGGAGCUGAAGCACCUAGGAAUAGCUUGGAAUCAGAGGAUGGUAAAAUGUCCUUCAUCUCAAAAGAGGAAUAUUUGAAAAUCCCAAAGAGAAUGCAAAUUAAAACAAGCAGAAGAGCCAAGGGAGGAAAUGGGAGCGAUCUUUCAUCAGAAAUCAGCAACUCUCCAUGCACAAAAACACCAACUUUGGUUGCCAGAUUGAUGGGUCUGGAUCUUCUUCCAGAUGCUCAAUCUCCUUCUUUAUCAUGUAUUUCCACUCCAAACCCCAAGGGGAAUUCGCGUCUUCACCGUUCUAAACCAAGGCAAAACAUCCUAACGAAACACAGAAAUAGUACAGACAGUGAUAUUGCAGCUUCGCGUUCCUUGCCUGAGACUCCUAGAAUAUCCUCUGCAAGAAGAUCUGAUGUUGAUCAUCAUAGGUUCUCUCUCCAAAUCAACAAAGAAAACCUGGGUCUUGGUGAGGACUUGGAGCUCCCUAGACUUUCAUUUUUGAAAAGGAAAUUUGAAGAGCAAAAUUGCAGAAGUCCAAGCCAUUAUGCAAGGCAUAUUGUUAAACAAGUCAGAGAAAGUGUGAGCCGGAAAGUCGGGCUUGACAUCACCAACACUGUCAAAAACAGAGAGCAAUCAAGAGCAGAACUUGUUGGCCAAAUCAGAGUCAAGAAAUCUCCAAAGGCAUCAUUGAAAGUAAUAGAUGAAUCCAGCCCCGGAAAGAACCCGAAUCCACCUAGUUCUUCCCCAAGGCUCAGAUUUAUGGAAGCCAAGCAAAAAACAACCACCAGACCCCCAUUACCACUAACCCCGAAAGAUCAAAAUUCACUCCCAGUGAAACUGUCUUCACCUCCACCAAUCAACGUUGAACCCCAGAUUCCAAGAGUUUUGACCAAGUCAAAGCCUCAAGCAUUUGCAGGGCAAGAAUUGCAAAACCAGAAAUCGGUCCCGAAAUGCAAGAAAGAUGCCAAUGAACGGUUCAGUGCGAGGCUCAGAAAACCCCGUCAGACAUCAGAUAUAUUCAGAAACAAAAAAGAAGAGUCUUUUGUUCGACCACCACGUCCAUCACCCAUCAGAGCCAAUGACACCAAGAGAACAAGCAACCUUCUCAACCUCACCAGCAUCCCAAAUCUUCGUCCUGUCAACACAGAUUCUUCUCCUCCAAAGACCAAAAUUCCUCAGAAACAGCCACAGGGGCCAGAUGCUCAACGACCAAAACGCAGCUCACAGUUAUCUAGUUGUCCGCGCCAAACGUACAAACAAGAAGAGAAACGGAUACUCGCCACCCGAGAAGCCAACGACGAAGACGACGGCAAAUCUAACGGUGCAUCUACCACCGGAGCUCGUGGACCACCAGAGUUUGAGUACGUCACAAACAUAUUGAGCCGUACCACUGAGGGAAAGGAAGGUGCCAGAAAUCAAGCGUCCUUGGACCCUCCGAUUUUUCACCAUCUCGAACAGUACUAUUACCCCACCUCCAUUUCUACUGUAUGCUCCGUCAGUACUGUCGCAGAAAGCAACAACCAACUUGGUCUCCGUUGUAACCGGAAAUUACUGUUUGAUUUAGUUGAUGAAUUACUGGGGGAGAUUGUAAGGCCAUGGGUAAAACAAGAUAGUAAUUACCUAUGUGGAUCACAUGCAUUAGCGUCCCAUCAUCAAUUGAUGGCGGAAGCAGUGUGUAAGAGGAUACGAAGCUUCCCGGAAGCACAUUGUGAAGUACUGGAAGACAUCGACGCGCUGAUUGAGAGAGAGGAUUUGGGGAAGAUGAUGAGAGAGGGAUUAGAUUGUAAGGAAGCAGAGGAAGAAGGGUUAGUGGAAGAAAUUGAAUGGAGCAUCCUACAGACGCUGGUGCAUGAGGCGGUUGUCGCGUGUAGCGGGAACUAGUGUACGGCGUCGCUUUGGUGGGAGGAGGAUAGGGCGUCACGUGGAGGGAUGAUAGGCAGGGAUGGGCAAUUCACGUGAAGAGAUGGUGGGGUCCACUAAGGAAAGUGUUUGCCACGUGGAUUUUGACCGCCAGAACACUACUCUUUUUUCAAUGAUGAGGUCUAGUGCCUCCAGGAAUCAUAACAAUAAAAAAAUGUUCAAUAUUCAACUUCCAAUGCUGGUUUUAAAAAAUGAAUCCCAGCAUUACUA